AUGAAUACUUUAAGCUUCAUUUGUAUUUUAGCUUUUUCUGGAAGAAGUUUGAGUCAGGAGCAAACAUAUGUUAUUACAGCACCAAAGAUCUUUCGCGUUUUAGCAUCUGAGAAAGUGGUAAUUCAAACUUUUGGAUAUGAGACUGCGUUUCCUGUCAGCAUCUCUAUUAAAAGUUUUCCAGAUAAGCGUACUAUUUAUGCUUCUGGCCACACUCAGUUAUCUCCAGCAAACAAAUUCCAAGGCUCUGUAACCUUAACAAUUCAACCAAAAGAUUUGCCAAGCUCAGCGAGUUCAGUCCUGUAUGUGUAUCUGGAAGCUAGUUCUUCACAUUUUACAAGAGAGAAAAAAAUGCCAGUUACCUAUAAAAAUGGAUUUCUCUUUAUUCAGACGGACAAACCCAUUUAUACUCCUGAUCAAUCAGUGAAAGUCAGGGUUUAUUCUUUGGAUGAAGAACUGAAGCCAGCCCGAAGAGAAACUGUCUUAACUUUUGUGGAUCCAGAAGGAGUAAAAGUGGAUAUUAUAGAAGAGGAAGACUUUACUGGAAUUUUAUCUUUUCCUGACUUCAAGAUUCCUUCUAAUCCUAAGUAUGGUGUCUGGAAGGUUGAAGCCAAGUACAAAAAGAGUUUCACAACUUCUGCUGUUGCAAAAUUUGAAGUCAAAGAAUAUGCAAUGCCAAGCUUUUUCAUCUCCAUAGAACCAGAAAAGAACAUAAUUAGUUCUGAGAAAUUUGAGACAUUCAGGAUUACUAUUAAAGCUAGGUAUUUUUAUAACAAGAAGGUCACCAGGGCAGAUGUUUAUAUGCGUUUUGGAAUAAUUGAAGGAACUGAAAAAAGGAUGAUGAAAAGAGCAAUGCACGUAACUGAGAUAGUUGAUGGAGUUGCCGAGGUCGAUUUUAACAGUAAAAAUGCAGUUAAGGAAAUAGACUACCAAAGCCUAGAAGAGUUAGAUGGGUCAUACCUGUAUAUUGCUGUAACAGUGCUGGAAUCUACAGGUGGACUUAGCGAAGAAAGUGAAUUUGCUGGAGUCAGAUAUGCGCUAUCUCCCUACAAAUUGAACUUGGUUGCUACGCCUCUAUUUGUGAAGCCUGGUCUUCCAUUCUUCAUCAAGGUUCAGGUAAAGGAUACAUUGGACCAGCCUGUGGGGAACCUCCCUGUAAUUCUCAGUGCAAAUGUAUUUGAUGAGCAAAUGGAUUCAACUAAGUUGGUACAAGAAGGCUCAGAUGCUGGGACAAGACAAACAAGCAUGAAUGAUGGAACUGCUUUAUUUGUGGUUAAUAUUCCAUCUGCUAGCAAAGCACUGGAAUUUCAACUAAAAACUGCAGAUACAAGUCUAUCAGAAGAAAAUCAGGCAACUGGAAACUAUGAAGCAAAAGCAUACUCAUCGCUCAGCAAAAGCUAUCUGUACAUUGACUGGGCUUCAAACUAUAAACUACUACAUGUAGGGGAUUAUAUGAGCAUUAAAGUGUAUCCACAUAGCCACUAUAUUCAUAAAAUACAUCGCUACAGCUAUUUGAUAUUAUCCAAAGGGAAAAUAGUAAGUUUUGGAACUCAGGAGAGGAUUAUGAGCUCAGAUUAUGAAAAUCUAAGCUUUAAGCUAACGCAAGAAAUGGUUCCUUCAGCACGUCUCCUUGUCUACUACAUUGUCACUGGAGAGGAAACUGCAGAAUUAGUAGCUGAUUCAGUUUGGCUGAAUAUAGAACAGAAGUGUGGCAAUAGCCUCCAGGUUCAAUUAUUAUCAAAAGAAGACUCUCAUAAGCCGGGCACGGUUAUAUCAAUUAACAUGAAAACCCAGUUCAGUUCUUUUGUUGCUUUGUCAUCUAUCGACGAGGCAAUAUAUGGAAUCACAGGAACAAGAAAGAGGUCUAUGGAAAGAGUAAUGUUAGAUUUGGAAAAGAGUGAUCUUGGAUGUGGUGCUGGAGGAGGGCAGAACAAUGUUGAUGUAUUCCGAUCAGCUGGGCUUACAUUUCUAACCAAUGCUAAUGCAGAUGACUCUAAAGUAGCAGACGAAAGUUGUAAAGCAAUUGUAAGACCAAGAAGAUCCAGCUUUGAAGAGGAAAUACAAAACAAAGCAUCCAGAUAUUUGCAUCCAGAGAUUCGGAAGUGCUGUAUGGCUGGAGUAAAAGAAUCUCCUCUCUGGGAGACUUGCGAUCAGAGAGUUGAGCGUAUUAAGAGUAUUCCUAGGUGCAUAAAAGCAUUCAAGGAUUGCUGUGAAUUUGCAACAAAACUACGGGAGAGUGAGACCCACAAAUUUUUAAUAUUGGCAAGAAUGCAGCUUAAGGCUCUACUGGGAUUGGACAAGCCAGGGAUUCGAAGCUACUUCCCUGAAAGCUGGUUAUGGGAAGUCCACCAAGUUCCUCCAGGAUCAAAGGCCCUUUCAGUGACUCUGCCUGAUUCUCUGACUACAUGGGAAAUACAAGGUGUUGGCAUUUCAGAUAAAGGUAUAUGUGUUGCUGAUGCACUCCAAGUGCAGGUUUUAAAAGAUGUUUUCCUGAACAUGCAUAUACCUUAUUCUGUUGUGCGUGGAGAACAAAUUGAGUUAAAAGGAUCUGUUUACAACUACAGAAAUUCCAGAACGAUGUUCUGUGUUAAAGCAACAGUUGGAGAUGGAAUCUGUUUGUUCAAAGGUUCUGCAAGUGCUCAGCAAGGGUUACAGAGUUGUAAAUAUCAGAACCUAGGUGGCUAUUCUGUCGCAUCAGUUACAUUCAGAAUACUCCCUCUGGAACUAGGUCUUCAUACAAUCAACUUUACAUUGUUGGCUGAACAGAACAGUGAAGUUUUAGUGAAAACGUUGCGUGUGGUGCCAGAAGGUAUUAAAAGAGAACUUCAUGCAGGCUUUUCUCUGGAUCCACAAGGUGUUUAUGGUGUAAUGAGAAGACGACAAGAAUUUCGACACAGGACACCAUUAGAUCUGGUCCCCAAAACGAAAAUUGAUAGGACUGUGAGUAUAAAAGGACAGCUUAUGGGUGAGGUAAUCUCUGCUGUUCUCAAACGUGAAGGUGUCCAGUUUCUUACUAAUUUGCCCAAGGGCAGUGCAGAGGCAGAGCUCAUGAGUAUUGCUCCAGUAUUUUAUGUCUUUCACUACCUGGAAAAGUCCGAUAACUGGAAUUUACUUGGCCCUGAAACCAUAACAUCAAGAGUUAACAUGAGGAGGAGGAUGAAAGAAGGUAUUGUAAGCAUCCUGUCAUUCAGAAACAGAGACUUCUCGUACACCAUGUGGAAAGACGGGACAUCCAGCACUUGGUUGACAGCUUUUGCCUUAAGGAUUUUUGGACAAGUUAGUCAGUAUAUUACUCUGGAUCAAAUUUCUGUUUGUAAUUCACUGAUGUGGCUGAUUGAAAAUUGUCAAAUGACAGAUGGGUCAUUCAAGGAACUUUCAAGUUAUCAGCCAGUAAAACUACAGGGUACUUUGCCUAAAGAAGCCAAAGAAAAAACUUUGUAUCUCACAGCCUUUUCUGUUGUUGGACUUGCAAAGGCCAUUCAUUUAUGUCCAACACAGAAAAUCCAAGAAGCUAAAAAUGCAGCAGAAGAGUAUUUGCUGAAAAAUGUGCAAGCUGCCCAAAGCACAUUUACCUUGGCAAUAGCUGCUUAUGCUUUAGCUCUCAUGGAUUCAAACCAUCCUGGUACACGCUCAGCUUUCUCUGCACUGAAGAAGGAAGCUCUUGUAAAAGGUGACCCUCCUGUUUAUCGUUUUUGGAAGGAUACUUCCACUAAACUAGAUAAAUAUGUUCCUAAUGCUGGCACUGCGCAGAUUGUUGAAACCACUGCUUAUGCCUUGCUAACCACUCUGCUGAGUGGGGACAAAGUCUAUGCUAAUCCGGUUGUCAGAUGGUUGUCUGAAGAGCAAAGAUAUGGUGGUGGAUUUUAUUCCACUCAGGACACAAUUAAUGCCCUCGAAGCCUUGACUGAAUAUUCCCUUCUCGUUCAACGUCUUUCCCUGAACAUGGAUGUCAAGGUGGCUUACAAGAAUUAUGGAGACAUUCAGCACUAUAAACUGACAGAAGAAAAUUACAUAGCAAGGACUGUGGAAGCACCUUUGUAUGAUGACAUAUAUGUAAGCACUGGGAGUAGCACUGGCUUAGCAACAGUAAAUGUGAGGACUGUAUAUCAUAAAUUCAGUACUUCUGAGGAGACAUGUAACUUUGAGUUGAAGGUUAAUGUAUUGACAGAUAAAGGUGAAAGAAGACAAGAUGAUGACCAACCUGAACAUUUAGAGGCCUGCGCAAAGUACAAGCCUAGUGAGAGAGAACCACAGUCAGGGUCUUCCCAUGCAGUGAUGGAUAUAACUUUGGUUAGCGGAAUGGAAGCAAAUACAGAAGAUUUAUCUACUCUUGCAAGUGGAGUUGAUCAGUUGAUAACAAAUUAUGAGAUAAAAGAUGGACAUAUUGUUCUACAGAUAGACUCGGUGCCAGCUAAUAAAUUCCUGUGUGUUGCAUUCCGAAUAGGGGAGAUUUACCGUGUUGGAAUGCGGAGCCCUGCCACAUUCACUGUGUAUGAAUAUCAUGCACCAGAUAAACAAUGCACCAUAUUUUAUAACCCCUAUGGAAAUGACAAACUUCUGAGACUGUGUGAAGGAGCUGAGUGCAAAUGCAUGGAAGCGGAAUGCAGUCAAAUGCAAAAGAAAUUAGAUCUGACAAUAACUGCUGAUAGGAGGAGAGAAGCUGCAUGCCAGCAAGUCAUUGCAUAUGUCUAUAAGGUGAACAUCUUGUCCUCCAGUGAAGAAGGUAGUUUUAUUAAGUAUACUGCAACUCUUCUGGAUCUCUAUAAAAGAGGAGAGGCUUUUGCCCAAAAAAACACUGAAAUCACCUUGGUUAAAAAGAAGACUUGUACUGAUGUUAGACUGAAUCCGGGAAAUCAGUAUUUGAUCAUGGGAAAAGAGGCCUUUCAGAUAACAGUUGGUUUCAGUUUCAAAUACCAGUAUCCAUUAGACUCUAUGACUUGGAUUGAGUGGUGGCCUUCAAAUACAGCUUGUGCAUCUUGUAAAAAGUUUGUAGAUACAAUGGAAGAAUUUUGUGAAGAACUCUUUAUCAAUGGCUGUUAA